AACCCAGAAGUUAUCAUAAGGGCAUGGGCUUGUUUCCCAGCAAACAGGGCCCUUUGGCUCGAACAAUCUUGGAAAAUGUGGGAGAAGGUUCGGUUGUAUGAGGAGGAAGUUUGUGAGGCUGCCAAUGUAGCUGCUCCACGGAACAUCACUGAAGAACUCGACCGCGAGGGGAUUACUAUAAGAUAUUUGUGUGUGUUGUGUGGUUUAAUUCCCAACAAGUGGUAUCGGAGCGGGAACAGACGAAGGAGUCAGUCGAAAACUCGCGACAGCUCAGGUGUAACGUGCUCGAAGUGCAAGGAGGUAGGGCAUUUUAGGAAGCAAUGCUCGAAUGACAAGAAAGUGAACAUUGCUGAAGGUUCUGCGAGUGACGAGGAAGUCACUCUGACUUGCUGUGAGGAAAGCAAUGUGGAUUCUUGGGUCAUGGAUUCUGGUGCUUCAUUUCAUGCUACCCACAGCGGUGAAGCAUUGCAGAAUCUGGUUAUUGAAGACUUUGGAAAGGUACGACUUGCGGACGAUAGAGCUCUUGAUGUGACGGGCAUGGGUGACAUAGUGCUGAAGACCCCAGUCGGUUUCUGGACUUUGAAGGAUGUCAGAGUUGUUCCAGGCUUGAAGAAAAAUUUGAUUUCUGUCAGGCAGUUGGACGAACAAGGACAUGAGGUGAAGUUCAGAGAUGGGCAGUGGAAGGUCGUGAAGGGAAAUCUUUUCAUUGCCCGUGGAGAGAAGAGAGGUUCGCUGUAUAUGGUCGAGUUACCAUUUGAGGGAGUGACCGUCCCAGUUCAGAAGAGAAACAAAGUCCAGUUCACAGAGUCUCGUGGGCAGAAUAAGGUUGUCUGUGCAAGAGAGAAACCUAGAGCCACAGGUCACACUCAGGAUGAACGAGCGUGGAAAGGUUCAAGAAGGCCAGUCAGAGGUAUUUGUGGCAGUGGGAGCUCAAGUGGCGCUUCAGCCAAGUUGCCUAGAAGACAGUGGGUUAGGAGAACCAGUAUUCCAGCUGUUGGAACAUCUCCAGAAAAUUUCUUGCUGAGUACGGAGAUUGUUUGUUCUCAUGAUGUUCCAGGAUCCGGAAGUGUGCAUCUGCAGUGGGAGCCGGUAGGGACCGAGGACGAGUCAGCGGCAGAUUUAUCCGUGACUGAUGUGUUGGAGCUUGGGAGAGCUUCAACGGGCCUUUCAGUUGUCUGAUGAGAGGGCCGCUGCAACAGGAGAGCUGAGGAAGAUUACUCGAUGUACAGGCGAUCGUGGCGGAUGGCAGUUGAUGAUUAUCAAGCCUCCAAGUGGGAGAAUGUUGGGUUUGUGGAGGUUUGGGCUUGACUUUUGGCCCGGCCCAUGUUACGAAACCCUAGAUGCACUCUUCCUAUAUAUACUGCAUACUUGUACUUGUAAUUUGUACCACAAGUGAAAUAAGAAAAUCCUCCUGUUGCAGCCGUGGAUUAGGGAAACCGAA